CUGGAGUCCAGGUCAUAUAUUGAUCCCAGAGGCCAAGGUGAAAUUAGAAUGGAUGCAAGGUCGAGAAGCCCCGGUCCGCAGUCGAAAGGGCCUACCAGCCCAACAUCGCCCCUUCAUCAUCAAUUGUCUGCUGUGAGUAUCGACUCUCCAACGGGGAGAAAGGAAGAUGGGAAAUCCGUGUGUCACAAGUUACCUCUUCCUCCGGGCUCUCCUACUAGUCCCUCUGCUUCCUUGCCUAGCAGUAGCCCUAGAGCUUGUGGAGUGAGUGAAAACACAUUUUGUACUCUAUCAAAAUGGCGAAGAGGUAGACUACCAGGGAGGGGAACUUUCGGACAUGUUUACCUUGGAUUUAAUAGUGAAAAUAGGCAGAUGUGUGCAAUAAAAGAAGUCAGGCUUGUCUCUGAUGAUAGGACAUCAAAAGAAAGCCUAAAGCAACUGAACCAGGAGAUUAAUUUACUGAGUCGGCUAUCUCAUCCAAACAUUGUACGAUACUAUGGAAGCGAACCGGGUGAAGAAGAACUCUCAAUCUACUUGGAAUAUGUGUCUGGUGGUUCAAUCCACAAAUUGCUUCAAGAAUAUGGUUCCUUAAAGGAACCUGUUAAUGAAAACUAUACAAGGCAAAUUCUUUCCGGGCUUGCUUACUUGCAUGGAAGAAAUACAGUGCACAGGGACAUAAAAGGAGCUAACAUAUUAGUAGAUCCUACUGGUGAAAUCAAGUUGGCAGACUCUGGCAUGGCAAAACAUAUAACAGAUUGUGGUGCAAUGCUUUCGUUCAAGGGAAGUCCUUACUGGAUGGCACCUGAGGUUGUGAUGAAUACAAAUGGCUACAACCUUGCAGUGGAUAUCUGGAGCUUGGGCUGCACUAUACUUGAAAUGACAACAUCAAAACCACCAUCGAAUCAGUAUGAAGGGGUAGCUGCAAUAUUUAAAAUAGGAAACAGUACAGAUAUGCCAGAGAUUCCUGAUCACCUUUCCAGUGAAGCAAAAAGUUUCAUAAGGCUUUGCUUGCAAAGAGAACCAUCUACUCGUCCUACGGCCUUGCAACUGCUAGAUCACCCUUUCAUUAAUGACCAAACAACAACAAGAGUUAUUAACAUUAGCAUAACCAAGGAUGCAUUUCCUUACACUCUUGUGGGCAUAACCACAUCUUUGCCCGUGUCUGCUUGUUCAAGUCUUCUAAGACGUGGUAAAGCCCACAAGAGUGGUUUCCUUUCUCCUCCUCAUCCAGCUUAUCAGUUUGUUGGACAGAGCAGCUACAACUUGGGUGAUUUCUCUGCAAAUGCUUCGAGACCAAUUCAAAAAUACACUAUGGAUCCCUGGUUUCAAGGCACCUCUCCAAGAAAAAGACCCAUUUGA